GAUCUAUUCUUGUAACUGUAGGCUACAGCCUGCGUUAAAUACCCAGCAGAAGGGCAACAAACAAACGUCCUACGCCAGAGCUUGGGUGCGAAAACUGACACUCGCGCACAAACGCUUUAAGUCGAUCUGAAUGCGCGUUUAUAGAUGAAAGUGAAGCGGCGCAGGUCUCCAGUGUACAACCGAAGAGGAUUUAUUAAAACAUUCAGUAAUGACUCCGGAGGAUGUGAUUGGGCUGCAGAAGAUCACAGACAAUUACCUUUGUGGUCCAGAGCAGAACACACACAGCAUUGACUUCACCAGAUUCAGAAUCCGAAACAUGGAGACCGGCACAGUUCUGUUUGAAAUCGCCAAACAAUCUGCCAUGGGGAGUGUGGAGGACACGAAAGACUUUGAACCUAACGCUGGGCGCUUUGUGCGUUACCAGUUCGCCCCCACCUUUCUCCAACUACGCCAGGUUGGUGCCACGGUGGAGUUCACUAUAGGAGAUGCUCCCAUUAACAAUUUCCGUAUGAUCGAGAGGCAUCAUUUCCGUGGACAACUGCUGAAAAGCUUUGACUUUGAGUUUGGCUUCUGCAUCCCCAGCAGUAAAAACACGUGCGAACAUAUAUACGAUUUUCCACCUCUUUCUGAAGAAACAAUGCAUGACAUGAUCCUUCACCCUUAUGAGACGCAAUCUGACAGCUUUUGCUUUGUGGACAACAAGCUCGUAAUGCACAAUAAAGCAGAUUAUUCCUUUAAUGGAGGACCCUAAGAACUCUUUCAUCACAUGCAAAGUUUGAAUGGACUGCUACAGCACUGGAAACAAAAUCAAGGCCGUGUUUGUGAUGGAUUUGGUUAAAGAAAUCAAACCAAUCUCAGGAUGUGUGUGUUUGUGUCCAUGUGUGUGCAAGAGAAAAUGUCAGAAUGGGCCUGUACUCGCGUGCAUAUUUCGUACACUGAUUUUGUAGAACUGUUUGAUAUUUGGCUUCUUAAGUACUGUGUUUCUCUUUGAGUGUGUAAGCUUGUAGGUAAUGUAAUAGAAUGCCGUUAUGAACAAAGAUCUGUGUUUUUUUAUCCAUCAAGUAUUACUUAUUGGACCUUUAUUGUCACAAAUAAUUCUAAAAAAUGAACCUUUAUUUACACAUUAGCAUUGGCAGUCGGACAUAUACAGUAGUCCUGCAUAAAACUCACUUUGUCACAGUUAUAUACAUGAUAAUACUGGGUCCCAAAUGCAUAUACCAUCGCUGGCAUAAAGAUACAGUACUCCAUUUACAGGAAUGUGUUCGAAAUGUAAGGAAAAACCCUAUCGCUUCUGACACGCUGACAUUGCACUUUCUCUAGGAAGGAUGGGUUCAAAAGUAAAUGUUUUUUUUUUACUUUUGAAUUUCAAUAGUUUGGGCCAGUUAU